GUUGGAACAUCAACCGUGACAGAAAUAUUUCUCUCCCACAGUCUCAGAAAUAGAGGAAGAGGCAGCCAGAGACAGCAGAGGCAGAAACCAGGCGCAGAAAUCUCUGAGAAGGACCAAAGGAAGUGAGACGUUAGAUAAAGAGAGGAGAGGAUGAGCUGGAAUCAGUGACAUGACUCUGGAGGGCUGUGGAGACUCCUUACCUCAAGACAGAAGUGUUUUCAAAAUCAGCAUAACUCCGAGUCAACAUGUAGACGCUCUGCGGGGCUCCAAUUAAAUUACCCCACUUCCUCCUCUCCCUCCCCGCCGACAGAAUUUAUUUUAGCCUGCAUGUCUGAGGGGACAGAUCUUGAGGUUUUCUGAGGAAUCAGGGAUGCUUCUGAGACGUAGAUGCAGAGCAGGCUGUUCUGUCAUGGUGGCGACCCAAACUGACAGAACCGAGGACAGCGUGGACUGCUCAGAGGCGGACCAGUCUCCUGCCAUGCACAGGUAUUCUCUGCUCGAUAUUAAGGUCAGUUAAGAUAUCGAUCCGUGCUGUCAAGAGCUGUUAUCGACCAAUCCUACCAUUGAGUUUCAGCGUUUUGUGUCAGAGUAAAGCAAUAUAUUAAAGUUUGGUGAUUUUUUUGUAACUGUUUUCAGAGCUUACACUGUCAAGAAGUCUCAGUGCUUAAGCCAACUGUGUUUGUUUACAAAUGUGAUGAACUUAGACUCAUCCAUCGCGGCGUUCUUUGAUUCAGAGCAACAGAUGAACUGUAAGCCAUAGAAACUCUGCUGAACAAGCCAUAACCAUCACAGAACCUUUCUCUUUGCUGUCUCUACUGUGCUUCAUAUCGACGAGAAUCCUGUGCUUCAGCGUCCGCGUGCCCGUCAGACACUUUAACCUAAGAAAAGAGGGUUUUGUGAGGAGCUGGAGACAUUUUCAGGAGAACAAGUGCUUCCUAAACCGCGGCGAAGGAGCCGCCGUCCCGCUGUCAGCCUCACAAAAGCAGACAAAGACCAUGAGUGGAGGAAGCAGAGCCCCAGCCUGACCCGACUAUUGACUGUUGCUAAAACCGAACGCUUGGACAGUAUAGACUGAGGGUAAACACAAAAUCACCCACUGAGGUGGAAAGAAGAGACAGGAAGAGAGGAGGAGGAGGAGCUCUUUCUCUCACCCGCCCGGUGGUCAGACUGGCCGGCACAGCCAUGGCGUUCACCUUUGCGGCCUUCUGCUACAUGCUCACCUUGGUCCUGUGCGCCGCCCUCAUCUUCUUCGUCAUCUGGCAGAUCAUUGCGUUUGAUGAGCUCCGCACAGACUUCAAAAACCCCAUCGAUCAGAGCAAUCCCACCAGAGCGAGAGAGAGGAUCCUCAACAUCGAAAGGAUCUGCAACCUGCUUCGCAGACUGGUGGUUCCAGAGUACUCCAUCCACGGGCUCUUCUGCAUCAUGUUCAUGUGUGCCGGAGAGUGGGUCACACUUGGCCUCAAUAUCCCGCUGCUCUUCUACCAUCUGUGGAGGUUUUUCCACCGGCCCGCGGACGGUUCAGAGGUGAUGUACGAUCCCGUCAGCGUGAUGAACGCCGACAUUCUCAACUACUGCCAGAAGGAGUCCUGGUGCAAGCUGGGCUUCUAUUUGAUCUCUUUCUUCUAUUAUCUCUACAGUAUGGUCUACGCCUUGGUGAGCUUCUAACAAACUCGUGUUCUGGGGAUAUAAAAGGAGAACAGGCAUGAACUCUUCCUCUCUCCGCUUGUAUUGACUUUCACGUUUUUUUUUUUUUUCUUUUUUCAAUCUAAUACUGGACAAAAUAAGUGGAGCAAUCUGAAUGAAUGUGCAUCGAUUUGACCAUUUCACCCCCCAUGCAGCUGCCGGACCGGCUGAAGGAAGUUUGGAAGCUUUGUGAAGAAACAAAAAAACGAGGACACGGACGCUUGCGAUGCCUUUGACCCAUCAUACGGUUAUUUCUGAAGGGCUGGAUUUUACCCCACGCUGCUCACUCAACUCACUGUGAAUCUCCAACUUAGGGACUUGAAUGGAAACAAUUCAUGUCUGUAUUCAAAACGUACUAAGAGCAGGGUUGUUUUGGGUAUAAUCAUGCACACAUGAAGCUCUUAGAUCUGACUGAGGUAGAGGGGUUUACCUGUAGGAAAACUUUUAAAUCGUGCAAAUAAGUUAAAACAUGAUGUGGGGGAUUGUGGAUGAAUGAAAGUGGAUGAAAUGCUAAUCAAAGGUGAGGGUGAAAUGAACAGCCAGGGACUAAUCUUUAGUUUGAAUUUAAUGCUACGUUCACACUCGGCGUAAAUGCGUGCUUAAGAAUGUAGGGCUGGGUGAUAAAAUCGAUCUAAGUUAAAUAGAUCAAUAAUCGAUUCAUAAAAAUUGAGAUCAGUCUAGCACAUAAAGCUAGAGUCUGCUAGCUCGAUGCUAACGUUUAAUGGAAUUUCCCAUAGGACGGCUAAUGCUAACUCUCAAGGACU